CUUGGAACAGUUAUCAAAGAUAAUGGUGAUAACGGGAAAUAAUAAAGAAUUAUCACACAUUCUAUAAUCUUAAAAUGUAUUGAACACCCCCCGUAAAAUAAAGUUACAAAUUUCAAACUUUUUCUGUGGUUGUGUGGAAUGUGGUUGAUCUAUGGUUUCAACUAACCUACUUUUACAAGUAUUGUGGUUUUACGUGACUUUUUAUCAUAAUGGUUAUUAAUACAGUUUUUUACUAAUUUUAUUUAAUUAAGAACACGGAAAUACAGGAAAGGUUAUUAACGAAGAAAUGGAUGUCCAAAAUGUUAAAGAAGAAAUUGAUGCAUACGAUGAUUUUCUGUCUAAGAUACAUGUAAAACAAGAAUUAAUUGACGAAGUAUCCGCAAUAAAAAUUGAAAAUAUAAAUGAACAAAUAAAUGGAAUUUAUCCAAUCAAACAAGAAAUCAACGAUGACAUGAAUACAAAUAAAAUAUUUCAUAACAAUGGAGAUGUAAGUAAUAAAACAAAAAGGAACAUACUCAGUACCCACAUCAUAUUAAAGAAACUGGAAUAUUCAAAAGUUUCCCAUAGAAAGCGAAUCAAAUCAAAAGUUCUAGGAUUGAUGCGAGAUGGAAAAUAUAUUCAACCAAAUGCUAUGGGGUUAAUGAUAUGUGUAUAUUGUGGAAAAUUAUACACAAAACAAGUGGAAUUGUUAUGCCACAUAAAAAUCAAUCAUUGUAUAAAAGGAAACAAUUUUUAUAAGAUGAAAAUUCACCAUAAAAGUAAAAGUGAUUCAUGUAUUACGAAAAAUCUUGAUAUAAAAGAUGAAAUUGAAGUAGUUGAACAUGAAAUGAAAAUGGAACUGCAGAAUACCACAAACCAGUUGGAUCAAUCAAAUCUAACUAAUUCAAAUAUACAUUCACAUUCUUACACAAGAACAAAACCAUUCAAAUGUGACAUUGGUAGGAAACUAUUCUCUAGUAAUUUUCAAAUGUAUGGUCACACAGGAGAAAAGCCAUUCAAGUGUGAUAUUUGCUAUAAAACUUUUUCGCAGAGCAGUGGUUUGAAGAGACAUUUACGUAGUCAUACAGGAGAAAAACCAUUUGAAUGUGACAUUUGCUUAAAAACUUUUUCACACAAGGGUAACUUGAAGACACAUUUGCGUAGUCAUACAGGAGAAAAACCAUUCAAAUGUGACAUUUGUUUGAAAACUUUUCCUCACAAGGGUAACUUGAAGACACAUUUCCGUAGUCAUACAGGAGAAAAGCCAUUUAAAUGUGACUUUUGUUUGAAAACUUUUCCACAUAAAAAUACUUUGAUGACACAUUUACGUAGUCAUACAGGAGAAAAACCAUUCAAAUGUGAUAUUUGUUUAAAAACUUUUUCAGAUAGAAGUAAUUUGAUGAGACAUUUACGUAGUCAUACAGGAAAAAGUAAUUCUAAUGUGACAUUUGUUUGAAAACUUUUCCUCAUAAGGGUAACUUGAAGACACAUUUCCGUAGUCGUACAGGAGAAUAGCCAUUCAAAUGUGACUUUUGUUUGAAAACUUUUCUACAUAAAAAUACUUUGACCACAUAUUUACAUAGUCAUACAGGAGAAAACCAAUUCAAAAUAUUUGUUUAAAAACUUUUUCAGAUAGGAGUAAUUUCAUGAGACAUUUAUGUAGUCAUACAGGAAAAAGUCAUUCUAAUGUUAUAUUCGUUUGAAAUCAUUUUCAUGGAAAAUUCAUUUGAAGAAAUGUUUGCGAAUCAUACAGAACAAAAAUGGUUUAAGUUUAAUAUUUGUUUAAAAAAUUUUUCAGAGUAUUUGAGGAUACAUUUGAUUAUUCAUAUAGAAAAAACAGGAAAUAUGACAUAUUUGUGAAAACUUAUUCAUAGAUACUUAAAUAGUUCAUAGAUAAAUAGAUACAGGAGAAAAUACAUGCAAUUUUUAUAUUUGUUUGAAACCAUUUUCUAAUGAAAAUAGUUUAAAAUAAAUAUGUGUAGUCACACAUUAGAAUAGAUAUUCAACAUUCCUGUAUACUUAUUCUUACAAUGAUGGAUAAUUGAAAAAACAUGAAGUAUUAAUAUAAAAUAAAAAUUAAGAAAUGAAUAUUUCAUCAUUAUUCAAUGCACUUUUUAUACUUAGUUUUUUGUACUGUAUUUUUUUCAUAUUUUUUGUUUGUUUUAUCAUCUUUACAUAAUUUAAUAUGGGAAAUUCAUAUUUUUUUUAUAACUCCUAGUUAUAACUUUAAUCUGCCGCCUAGCUGGACAUAGGCGUUCUUAAUUUAUUUUAUUUUAUAUUUAAACAGAAUACACGCAGUUUAUUUUAUAAUAUAUAAUUUUACUUCUCGACUCGCUAAGGUUACAAAAAAUCUUCUUUUUCACAACAUUAUUCUUAUUAUACUAAACUACUAAAAAGGCCACUGAUAAAAUAGGAACAUAUUAAGUAUUACCUUUCUUAACAGGCGCUUGUUAUGAUUUCAAGAGUAUUACUUCCAUGAGUGAUUCUCAAGUUAUUAUUCUAAAUUAUGUUAACCCUCAACUACUAUAGUCUAAUAACACUCAUAUAAGUACUAUCGUGAGGUCUCAAUUUUUUCAACAGAUCUAAACCCAUCUAAAGUAAUUGAACAUUUUUUACAAUUUAAAUGUUUGUAUGAGUUUAUAGAACACACAUAUUUAGUUUAAAAAAUAUAUUUUUUCCUACGACUACUUAUGAAAAUGAUAGAUUGCAUACUCAUUUUUAUUUAAGAAAGUAGCUUAUUCCACACAUGUACUAAAAAACAACAUACAUACAUAUAUCGAAAUGCUUAUUUUUCUUAUGUUAUAUAUGGUCUCGAACGAUAAGGGAAUACACGAAUACAACAUGAAGCUGGCUGGGUGCCGAAAGGCAAAAGGGCAAAUUUAAGAAGACCGAAGAAGUAGACAAUAUGAUUUUUUCAUGUUAUAUUAGUGUUUACAAUAAAAAUUAAAAGUUUG